AUCUUUGAAAUUUUCCAGUCACUCUGCCCCACCACCACUCCCCAUCAUCACAACCAGGAGAAGAACGAAAAGAAAAAAGAAAAAAAAUGUAAACAGAAAACAGUUGUCUUCUUCUUCUUCUUCCUCUUCAUCUUUGCCCUUUUUCUCUUUCUCCAGAUCCAAAUUAUACCAUAAAUUUAAUCUUUUUUCAAUACCCAUUUUUCUAUUUCUCCAAUUUUCCUUAAUUUAUCUUCUUUUUGAAACCCUAACCCUAAAAAUCCCAUCUUUUUUUGCUUUCAGUAUAAAACCCUAAUUUUUACAGGUUCUCUACCUUUUAUUCACCAAGUUUGAAUCUUGAUUGAAGUUUUCGACACCCAAUAACGUGAAAGGUUAGAAUUUGUACUUGAAUUGGUGUUAAUUUUUUGGGAAAUGGCUACGAGGGGAAGCAGAUCGGAGAAGGUGAAGAGGAUUUUUCAGCAAUUUGAUGGUAAUCAUGAUGGGGGUCUUAAUCGAGAGGAAAUGGCAGCUUUGGUGGUUGCUGUAAACCCUAGGGUUAAGUUUAGCGAAGAGCAAAUUAAUGCUAUUCUCGAUGAGGUUUUCCGUACGUACAGCGAGUUUAUUGAUGGUGAAAAGGGGCUUACUUAUGAGGGACUUUUGCGUACGUAUGAUGAUGGUGCUGGUGAUGUUGAUCGUGAUUUUGACGCUCUUGGGCUUGAGCUUAAGCCGGAGGAUAAUGCUGGAACUUCAAUUGCUGCGGAGGAGGCUUCUUCGUCGUCGAUUGCGGAUGAGAGAGUGAUGGAGCCUCAUAAGAAACAGCGGACUGCAGCUUGGGCAGCUUCUCCGAAUCAUGGCAUUGUGUUUGAUGAUACUUGGAAGCUUGUAGAUGACCUUGAGAUAUUGAUCAAGAGGCUUAAAUCGAAACAAUCGAAAGAUGGGAAGCUGAAGAAUGAUAAUUCUGAUGUUUAUUCGGAAGGUUGGUCGAGGGAAUUAGGGCCUUCCACUGAGAUUACGGAUAAACGUGUUAAUUGGGAGGAGACUGGACAUGACUAUGCUGUGUUUGUGAAGGAAUUGGGUGUGUUGAGGUCGAGGGCUGAUGGGUCGAGGUCAAGGGAAGAAGCUUUUGAUGGUCACAUGGCAAUUGGCAGGGUUUUGUAUGAUCAACAUUUGUUUAAGGAAGCACUGGUGAGCUUUAAGAGAGCUUGUGAGUUGCAGCCUGCUGAUGUUAGGCCACAUUUCAGGGCUGGCAAUUGUUUGUAUGUGCUCGGGAGACAUAGUGAGUCGAAAGAGGAGUUCUUGCUGGCAUUGGAGGCUGCUGAAGCUGGCGGCAGUCAGUGGGCUUAUUUGCUUCCUCAGAUUCAUGUGAAUUUGGGAAUUGCUCUUGAAGGCGAAGGUAUGGUUAUAAGUGCCUGUGAACAUUAUAGAGAGGCUGCUAUUUUGUGUCCAACUCAUUUUAGAGCUUUGAAACUUUUGGGUAGUGCACUUUUUGGCGUGGGUGAGUAUAAGGCAGCUGUUAAGGCAUUAGAAGAGGCCAUUUAUAUGAAGAGUGACUAUGCUGAUGCACAUUGUGAUCUUGCUUCUGCAUUGCACGCAAUGGGUGAUGAUGAUAAUGCUAUUAAGGAGUUUCAGAGAGCUAUUGAUUUGAAACCUGGUCAUGUUGAUGCUUUGUACAAUUUAGGUGGACUUUACAUGGAUAUGGGUAGAUAUCAGCGUGCUUCAGAGAUGUACACUAGGGUACUAAGUGUUUGGCCAAAUCACUGGAGAGCACAGCUCAAUAAGGCUGUGGCUUUAUUGGGGGCUGGGGAAACUGAGGAAGCUAAGAAAGCUUUGAAAGAAGCUCUGAAGAUGACGAACAGAGUUGAAUUGCAUGAUGCAGUAGCACAUCUGAAACAACUUCAGAAAAAGAAGUUGAAGGGGAAUGGUGGUGGCAAUGGGGAGGAGGCCUUUAUCAUUGUUGAACCCUCUAAGUUCAAGUCCGUGGGUGAGAAAACCACAUUGAGAGCAGAUUUAUCUACUGCUCUCGAUAUUAGAAGUUUUCAGAGGAUUACUCGUCUUAAUCGUUGUGAUGUUGAUCAGAUAAAGAAGGAAAUGAAUGAAACUGUUGUACCAAUGUCUUAUUCCGGUGGUGUACCUGAAAAGUCAAUACGCAAGGCUUCACUGGAAGAGAUACUGCACAGAUUGCUUAAAUUCUUGAAGCCUGAAACCUUUAUAGGUGCUGUUAAAGCCAUUAACCAGAAAGUUCUCUCUGUUUUAGAUGAGUCAGAGUCAGGUCGGCUGGAUUUGGGCAUGUUCUUUGCUGUUCUUGCUCCUGUCUGUGGAGGAUCACCAGACAAAAGAAAACGCAUUGCAUAUGAGGCGCUUUUGUGGCGUCCUGUGAAUGAAGGUAGCAACCAAAUAAGGAAAACUGAUGCUCAAAGGUACAUCAAACUUCUGAGAGCUAUUUACAUUCCUUCCCAAGGAGCAAGUGAAAUGCUAGAAAUUCACGGGGAGAUGGACACGUCAUUAGUGUCUUUAGCAGAAUUCACUGCAAUGUUUGAUGAUCCUGAUUGGGGUUUUGGUAUAAUGUCCACUUUGCUGAAGCUUGAAACGGGGGAUAGGAAUCGUCAUGGUAGCCAUGUUUGUGCAACUUGUCGUUACCCAAUCAUUGGGUCUCGCUUUAAGGAGAUAAAGUCACAUUUUAGCUUAUGCAGUCAGUGUUACAGUGAAGGAAAAGUACCCCCAACCAGCAAACAAGAAGAGUACAGAUUUAAAGAAUAUGCUAGUGAAGCUGAGGCAGUGAAAGAUAAGUGCAUGUGGUUCGGUAUCCAUUCUAAAAGCUCAUCCUCGCCUACUGCUUCCUAGCCUAGCGCGUACUCGUGUAUGUUUUUCAGAUGUUCAGGGUGUGAACUAUAUCUAGCUUAUGAACCAUGUUCCUCUGGGCUUCAAUGCCUCUUGUACAAUAACCCUUUCAAGUUGUGACCAUCAAUUCUUUGUUUAAAAGGCAGUAUUUUACUAUUUAGGGACUUGUAGUUCUUUGUGGGUGCCUUUAAAUCUUCUUUUUUUCUGACUUUUUUGAGGGAUUGUAUCUCUUGUAAGUUCAUCAGUGUAAAGUUCUAUGUUCUCCCCUUUGAUUUUUCAUUCUGUAGUACUGAACAUGGCUAUGGAUGGAUUUUUAUUGCAUUAACCAACAAUUGAUUCUACUUA